CACAGGAUAUGCGCAGCAGCCAUCUUGCAUGCACAUAGUUAAAAGUAAGUAUAAUUCAACCUCAAGGAGUGGGCUGGUGUUGUGUGUCUGCGUGUGUGUGUGUGUGUGUGUGUGUGUGUUCAUCCUGCUUCCUGCUCUAUACCGCUGUUGUUUCUCCUCUGUGAACUAUACCAGUUCAAUCCAGUUUAACUGAAAGCGAAACUCCAUUUUUGACAACUGUUCAGGAGAAAAACACAGUUUACAGGUGUAAUCUGUAGGAGGAGACAUGACCUCCAAAAUGAGUGUGUCUGGGGAACAGGACUUAAAGAAAAACAAGAGUCUGAUUCAGGGUGAGAGAUCAGACUCACCUGAACCCAGCUGUGUGUCCAUGAAGAGUGACUGGUCAAUGGACCAUCUAAUAGACUUCAGAGACACAGACUGUGCUACUGAUCUGAGGCCAGUGAGGACUAAGAGAUCAGACUCUGCAGAACCCAGCUGUGUGUCCAGGAAGAGUGAAGAGUCAAUGGAGCAUCCAAAAAACCUCAGAGACAGAGACUGUACUACUGAUCUGAGAUCACAAGAGCAUGAAACAAAAAUCAUUUCCAGGAAUAAUCUGGAGCCCACACUCAAGGAGCUGGGAGACAACGAGCAGAUGAGAUCCGAGAACAUCCUGAGUCCAGACUCUCCAUACCAGCAAAAACUCAAAUCCAUACUGAGAGAGAAAAGUAAAAGAAUUAAUGAAGGAAUCUCACAGCAUGGAAGCUCAGCACUUCUGAAUGAGAUCUACACAGAUCUCUACAUCACAGAGGGUUGGAGUGGAGACGUCAAUAAUGAACAUGAGGUGAGACAGAUUGAGACAGCGUCCAGGAGACCAGCAACACAGGAGACACCCAUCAAAUGUAAUGAGCUCUUUAAAGACAAGUCCAUCAGAAGUGUGCUGACUAAAGGAGUUGCUGGAAUUGGAAAAACAGUCUCUGUGCAGAAGUUCCUUCUGGACUGGGCUGAAGGAAAAGCAAAUCAGGACAUCACCUUCAUGUUUCCACUUCCCUUUAGAGAGCUGAAUUUGUUGAAGCAGAAAAAUCUCAGUCUGAUGAAUCUUCUUCAUCACUUUUUCCCAGAAAUAAAAGAAUUACAAUUAAUAGACUGUAAUUUUCACAAAGUGAUAUUCAUCUUUGAUGGACUGGAUGAGUGUCGACUUCCUCUAAAUUUCCAGAACAAUGAGAGAUUGUGUGAUGUGACAGAGUCAGCCUCAGUGGAUGUGCUGCUGACAAACCUCAUCAAGGGGAAUCUGCUUCCCUCUGCUCUCCUCUGGAUAACCUCUCGACCAGGAGCAGCCAAUCAGAUCCCUCCUGAGUGUGUAGACCAGGUAACAGAGGUACGAGGGUUCAGUGAUCCUCAGAAAGAGGAGUACUUCAGGAAGAGGAUCAGUGCUCAGAGCCUGGCCACUAAAAUCAUCACACACAUGAAGUCUUCAAGAAGCCUCUACAUCAUGUGCCACAUCCCAGUCUUCUGCUGGAUUUCAGCCACUGUUCUAGAGAGAAUUUUGGGAGAAGCAGAGAAUGGAGAGAUCCCCAAGACUCUGACUCAAAUGUUCACACACUUCCUGAUCUUUCAGAUCAAACACAAGGACCAAAAGUUCCAUCAGAAAUGUGACCCUGAUCCUCAGCAGACCAGAGAGAGUAUCCUGGCACUGGGAAAACUGGCUUUCCAACAGCUGGAGAAAGGAAACCUGAUCUUCUAUGAGGAAGACCUGAGAGAGUGUGGCAUUGAUGUCAGAGAAGUGUCAGUGUACUCAGGAGUGUGUACCCAAAUCUUCAGAGAGGAGUUUGAGCUUCACAUGGGGAAGGUGUUCAGCUUUGUACAUCUGAGUGUUCAGGAGUUUCUGGCUGCUUUAUAUGCACUUGUCUCCAGUAUCAACAAAAAUAUUGCAAAACAACAAAUCACUGAUCUGUCUGAUCUUUUCAACAAGUCAAACAUGUCUGAUUUCCUGAGAAGUGCAGUGGACAGGGCCUUACAGAGUGAGAAUGGACACCUGGACCUUUUCCUCCGCUUCCUUCUGGGUCUCUCACUGGAGUCCAAUCAGACUCUCUUACGAGACCUGAUGCCCCAGACAGGAAGCAGCUCUCACAGCAAACAGAAAACAGUCGAGUACAUCAAGGAGAAGAUCAGGGAGAAUCCAUCUCCAGAGAAAUCCAUCAAUCUGUUCCACUGUCUGAAUGAACUGAAUGAUCAUUCUUUAGUACAGGAAGUACAGACUUAUGUGAAUACUAUAUAUUUCAGUUGUCUCGAUGGAGCCAAUUUCUCUCCUGCUCAGUGGUCAGCUUUGGUGUUUGUGUUGCUGAACUCAGAAGAAUCUUUGGAUGUGUUUAAUUUGAGGAAAUAUCACCGAUCAGAUGAAUGUCUUCUAAGAUUGCUGCCAGUGGUUAAAGCAUCUAGAAAAGCUGCGCUGUAUGACUGUAAUCUGACAGGGGAAAGCUGUAGAGCUCUGUCCUCAGUUCUCAGCUCAAACUCCUCCAGUCUGAGAGAACUGGACCUGGGUGAGAAUAACCUGCAGGAUUCAGGAGUGAAGCUGCUCUCUGCUGGACUGGAGAAUCCACACUGUAAACUGGAGAUACUGAGGCUGUAUCACUGUAAUCUCACAGAGGAAAGCUGUAGAGCUCUGUCCUCAGUUCUCAGCUCAAACUCCUCCAGUCUGAGAGAACUGGACCUGAGUAAGAAUUAUAACCUGCAGGAUUCAGGAGUGAAGCUGCUCUCUGCUGGACUGGAGAAUCCACACUGUACACUGGAGACACUGAGGCUGGAAUGGUGCAGUAUUACAGAUGAAGGUUGUGCUGCUCUGGUUUCAGCUCUGAAGUCAAACACCUCAUCACACCUGAGAGAACUGAAUCUCAAACACAAUAAACCAGGAGAAUCAGGAGUUAAACUGCUCUCUGAUCUACGGAAAGAUCCACACUGUAAAUUGAAGACAUUAGAGUUUACAGGUGUAAUCAUGGGAGACAUGACCUCCAAAAUGAGUCUUUCUGGGGAACAGGACACAAAGAAAGACGAGAAAUCUCAAGAGAAUAAAUCAAAAAUCACCUACAGAAGUCAUCUGGAGUCCAUAUUCAAGGAGCUGGAGCACAAAGUCAUCACUCUGAUAAAGAAAGAGCUGAAGAGAUUUAAGAAGCUCCUGAGUCCAGAUUACCCAGCAUGCUCUGAGAAGGAGGUGGAGGAUGAGGAGGAUCAGAGCAGUGUCAGAGAGGGAGUGCUGAAGAUCACACUGCACGUCCUGAAGAACAUGAACCACACAGAUCUCGCUAACACACUCCAGAACAAAUCUAUCUCUACAUACCAGAAAAAACUCAAAUCCAAACUGAGAGAGAAAUGUAAAAGAAUUAAUGAAGGAAUCUCACAGCAUGGAAACUCAGCACUUCUGAAUGAGAUCUACACAGAUCUCUACAUCACAGAGGGUUGGUGUGGAGACGUCAAUAAUGAACAUGAGGUGAGACAGAUUGAGACAGCGUCCAGGAGACCAGCAACACAGGAGACACCCAUCAAAUGUAAUGAGCUCUUUAAAGACAAGUCCAUCAGAAGUGUGCUGACUAAAGGAGUUGCUGGAAUUGGAAAAACAGUCUCUGUGCAGAAGUUCAUUCUGGACUGGGCUGAAGGAAAAGCAAAUCAGGACGUCACCUUCAUGUUUCCACUUCCCUUUAGGGAGCUGAAUCUGAUGAAGCAGAAAAAUCUCAGUCUGAUGAAUCUUCUUCAUCACUUUUUCCCAAAAAUAAAAGAAUUAGAGUUAAUAGACUGUAAUGUUCACAAAGUGAUAUUCGUCUUUGAUGGUCUGGAUGAGUGUCGACUUCCUCUAAAUUUCCAGAGCAAUGAGAGUUUGUCUGAUGUUACAGAGUCAGCCUCAGUGGAUGUGCUGCUGACAAACCUCAUCAAGGGGAAUCUGCUUCCCUCUGCUCUCCUCUGGAUAACCUCUCGACCAGGAGCAGCCAAUCAGAUCCCUCCUGAGUGUGUAGACCAGGUAACAGAGGUACGAGGGUUCAGUGAUCCUCAGAAAGAGGAGUACUUCAGGAAGAGGAUCAGUGAUGAGAGCCUGGCCAAUAAAAUCAUCACACACAUGAAGUCUUCAAGAAGCCUCUACAUCAUGUGCCACAUCCCAGUCUUCUGCUGGAUCUCAGCCACUGUUCUAGAGAGAAUGUUGUGUGAAGCAGAGAGUGGAGAGAUCCCCAAGACUCUGACUCAAAUGUUCACACACUUCCUGAUCUUUCAGAUCAAACACAAGGACCAAAAGUACCAUCAGAAAUGUGACCCUGAUCCUCAGAAGACCAGAGAGAGUAUCCUGGCACUGGGAAAACUGGCUUUCCAACAGCUGGAGAAAGGAAACCUGAUCUUCUAUGAGGAAGACCUGAGAGAGUGUGGCAUUGAUGUCAGUGAAGUGUCAGUGUACUCAGGAGUGUGUACCCAAAUCUUCAGAGAGGAGUUUGGGCUGCACCUGGGGAAGAUGUUCAGCUUUGUACAUCUGAGUGUUCAGGAGUUUCUGGCUGCUUUAUACGCAUUUCUCUCCUUCAUGAGCAGAAAUGUAACAGAACAACAAAUCACUGAUCUGUCUGAUCUUUUCAACAAGUCAAACAUGUCUGAUUUCCUGAGAAGUGCAGUGGACAAGGCCUUACAGAGUGAGAAUGGACACCUGGACCUGUUCCUCCGCUUCCUUCUGGGUCUCUCACUGGAGUCCAAUCAAACUCUCUUACGAGACCUAAUGCCCCAGACAGGAAGCAGCUCUCACAGCAAACAGGAAACAGUCAAGUACAUCAAGAAUAAGAUCAGGGAGAAUCCAUCUCCAGAGAAAUCCAUCAAUCUGUUCCACUGUCUGAAUGAACUGAAUGAUCAUUCUCUAGUGCAGGAAGUACAGCAUUACCUGAACAGAAAAGAUUCCCGGUGUCUCAGUGGAGUCAGUCUCUCUCCUGCUCAGUGGUCAGCUCUGGCGUUUGUGUUGCUGAACUCAGACGAGAAUCUGGAUGUGUUUGAUUUGAGUAAAUAUCAAAGAUCAGAGGAAUGUCUUCUGAGGCUGAUGCCAGUGGUCAAAGCAUCCAGAAAAGCUGUACUGUGUGGCUGUAAUCUGACAGAGGAAAGCUAUAGAGCUCUGUCCUCAGUUCUCAGCUCAAACUCCUCCAGUCUGAGAGAACUGGACCUGAGUAACAAUUAUAACCUGCAGGAUUCAGGAGUGAAGCUGCUCUCUGCUGGACUGGAGAAUCCACACUGUACACUGGAGACACUGAGGCUGCGUUACUGUAAUCUCACAGGGGAAAGCUGUAGAGCUCUGUCCUCAGUUCUCAGCUCAAACUCCUCCAGUCUGAGAGAACUGGACCUGAGUCACAAUAAUAACCUGCAGGAUUCAGGAGUGAAGCUGCUCUCUGCUGGACUGGAGAAUCCACACUGUACACUGGAGAUACUGAGGUUGGAAGGCUGCAGUAUUACAGGUGAAGGUUGUGCUGCUCUGGUUUCAGCUCUGAAGGCAAACACCUCAUCACACCUGAGAGAACUGAAUCUGAACCUCAAUGAACCAGGAGAAUCAGGAGUGAAGCUGCUCUCUUAGAGUACACAAUCACCGGCUCAUAUGUUGUGAAUGUCUGUGGUUAUUUUGCACUUUAUCAUGUUGUAUUUUUUUGCACCUUACCUUCAUCAUUGAUUGUAUUUUUUUUUUUUGCACUGUUUGUUAUUUGUGAAUAUGCGUUGAAUGUAUAGAUUUUUCUAGUGAAUCAACGUCUUUGCUGCUGUAACACCCAAAA